GGAUGACUAAGCUAUAGCACUCGGCAUCAUUCCAACUACUGCAAUGCUGCGAUUGGGUAGUCCCCGUUAGGUCUUGGGUCUCCGCCAUGGCUGGCGGGAUCGGUUGCCCCAUCUCAGGCGUCUCGUACACUUGCGUAGACAGCCGACUUUAUGUCGCUGGCCAUGUUCUGCCACCGCCCUCUUUCUUUCUCCCACUACUGCCAACUUUAACGUGAGUGAACAACUCCGCUACCAAUCCCACGGUCAUGUCUUCCAGAGCGCUACGGAAGCUGCAAAAGCAGCAAGGACAGGAGGCGGCGAAUACUUCGCAUGAGGAAUCGGACGACGACGUACAUGAUUUUCAAAGGUCCCAAACGAAGUUUAACGCCUUUGACUUGCUAGGAAGCCAGGAUCCUGAAGACGAACCUGACUCAGAAACCUCAAUCACUGAGCCGGUCCAAACGCUAGCGAGGCCUUUCACCCCUUCAAAACCCACAGAUACCAAGAGAAGGAAGAAGAAAAAGAAACGUACCAAGAAAGCUACGGCUGCUACGGAGAUCAAAGCCUCAGAUGUACCGGGCACAGAUGAAGAGGAGCUGGAUGAGAUUGACCGCGCACUGAAAGCUUUGUCUAUUAAGAAUUCGCAGCAGACUGAUGACGUGAACCUGGAAGCACGACAGAAUGCCGCGGAUGAACGCUUAGCGGAGGAGCUUGACGAACUUUUCGCUAUUGACCAACGGCGUCUCAAUGCGAUCAAUGAGAUGAAGAAGUUGUUCGGCAACGUGGUGUUUGAAAAUACAGCCGAAACCACAGGUACGGGUACAGGCCGAAGAAACAGAAAUCAGCCUAUGGAUCUUGGACGGGCGCUCACCGGACGCUAUAAUCCCGUAAGCCGUGGGCAGGAUCUUGCGGGCGCUGCGUUGCGUAAAAAUAUUUUGAUGCAAGCAAAGGAUGAAUGGCCGCGGGCGACAAGUGGAGGUCUGGGGAUGGAGGUUGUGAACAAAUUGCCAUCUGGCCAAACAGAAUAUAAGCUCGUUCAUAAUACAGCCUACGAGGAUGCCCAAAGACAAUUUGAAAUAUGUGUCGAGUCAAUGGAACCAGAGAGAAUUAUACAUCACCUACAAUAUAAUCCUUAUCACAUUUUGAGUCUGUUGCAAGUCUCCGAGAUUGCGAAGCAUCAGGGUGAUCAUGCCGUCUCUGGGGAUUUACUUGAAAGAGCCUUGUUCAAUAUAGGUCGUUCGGUCCAUUCCUCAUUCGGCAACCGCCUAAAAGAAGGAAAAGCCAGAUUGAACUUCGACAUCGCGGCAAAUCGGGAGUUCUGGCUUGCAGGCUGGAGAUAUAUCAAGAAUUUGGAGAUGAAGGGGACUCUGAAAACUGCCUACGAGUGGGCAAAGCUACUUCUAAGCCUGAAUCCUGACGACCCAUACGCGAUAAAUUUGAUAAUUGAUUCCUUAGCUAUUAGAGGAAGAGAGCACGACCAUUUUAUAAGAUUAUGUUCCCACCCAUUCUUUGACAGUCGGUGGGAGGAAUUCCCUAAUAUUCAAUGUUCGCUCGCCCUGGCCUAUUUCCUCCAGGGUAAACCAGCAGAGUUUCGGUCACAGCUCCGGAAAGCGAUGUCUCGAUAUCCCUGGAUCUUUUGCCGCUUAGCACAGGAACUGAACAUAGAACCAAUACCAGAACAAAUAUGGGGUGUGCAGGCACCAAAUCAAGCUCACGAAUUGUUUUGCGAACUCUACAUUGCCCGAGCUAAGGAUAUCUGGAAUACCCCUGAGGCUAUCUCCGUCCUCGUCGAGGUAGGAGACACCCUUACCAAAAAUUGUUUGGAUGUGAAGCCUCCUGAGGUCACACUUGGCGUCGCUCGCCACGUUCUGUUGUCAGAUAUCCCUUCAGUCACUACUCAUCUUCCCCGUCACUUUGUUGCCGGGCGCAUAUCAGCUUCCGACCCUUUACCACCGGGCGAGCCGAUAACUGAUCCAUCUUUCAACACCCACCCUGCGAGGAUAUUUGACGUUGCAAGGGAGAUAUUUGGGCUCAAUGGACAAGCAGUUGAUCGUGAUUUUGAGAACGGGCAGGCGGAUUCUGAAAAUGAACAACCACCGUAUCAUCACCCAGCUCAGAGUGGUGAUAGCCCGGGUGAAGAUCAACCUGAUGAUGACUCACAGUCAUAUCCUGAAGAGUAUCUUUUCAACCACGGAUUACGCGAUCUGCAAGACUUCUUGCUGGUUAAUGGGGUGGACCGCGGGAAUUGGGACAUGGAUAGCGACCCAAGCCCAUUGACCGACUGGGUUCGGACGCUACGCCGACUGGACCCUGAUGUUUGGGAUUCUAUCAUACGGGAUGCGUCCACUGAGCUUAAUUCACCUUUGGUUGCUGAUUUGCUCCGAGAGGAGCUACAAAUGCAACAAGAAGAAUGAAAUCGUGGAAAUAGAUGACCCAAGAGCUUUUCGCGGCCCAUUCCCCCUUUGUUCUUGUUCUUGCUCUCCCUAUGGCCUUGAUUGUGCGAUGGUUAUUCUACCGUCAUAAAUAUAGACGGAAUACCAGGUAAAAGCCAAAAAAAAAAAAAAAAAAAAAAAAAAAAAAAAAAAAAAAAAAAAAAAAAAAUCCAAUUUUGGAAGAAAUAAUGAUCACGAGCCUACCGUGCCUACGUAUGUACAUUAUAACUACAUCACGAACAAACCACGCUAAAAAAAAAAAAAAAAAAAAAAAA